AGUAAAUCCUCUUAUCCGUUCGGCCAAUGCAUUGUUCAAAAUUGUAAACAAAACAUAAAACACGUGAUCUGAUGAAAAUGAAACGUUCAAAAAUUGAUAUCAUCAAUGCAACUGUUGAAUCGUAUUUGAAACGUCGUGGCUAUCAGGAUAUUGAUAUAUUUAAUAAACCAGAUCGUAAUAAAACAAUCACAGGCGAAGAAUUAUUAUUACGAGAAAUGGCCGAGUCCGCAACUUCAACUAAAAAUUCGAUUAUUUUUAGCGCCAUCACGAAUGAUGUUACUGCUGCUGAUCAAGCAUACAAAAAAUUACGAGGAUGGAUUGAUUUAAUUCAUGAUGAGACAGUAAAAGAAGAUUUAAUGGGUCUCCUGUAUCCAAUUUUCUGUCAUCUGUAUUUAGAAAUGCUUAAUGCAGGAAAUUUGCAGGCAGCAAUUGAAUUUUUUAAUGGCAAUCGUAAUGACUUUUUAUCGUGUACAGAGAAAAAUUUUCUUGACGAAUUGUCAUGCGUGUUUUCAAUCCAAGACGCUGAGUCAAAGCCAACUGUCAAUGCGUUUAAAAUGAGGAAGUAUCGGGUUGAUAUGUCUGAUGAAGCCCACAAUGCAUUGCAAAAGUAUCUUGCUAAGCAUGGACAUGUUAUUAUUAUGCAGAUAAUAAAUAUACAUGUGAAAAUUAAUAUAAAAAUAGAAAAUGUAGUUGAAGAAGAUGAAAGUGACGACGGAACAAGAUUUGGAGACAUCAGUAUCAAUGGGCAUAUGGAACAAACGUCUGGUACUGGGGCUGAUAGAGAAAUGAGAGAAUUAUUGGAAGUAAUACGUGGGUUAAAUAAUAAUCCUUACAAACCCUUGAGAAUAUUCCGAAUUAAAAAUGCAAUUGAAGAUGCAAGCUGCGCAACAAUACCCAAUAAAAUGGAUAAGUUUGCAGUAGGAUUUAAUAGUCACACUGUCAGAAUAUGGCCAAUGGGAAGCACGAGAUUAAUGAUACCACAGCCAGGACCUCCGCUAAAAAAAACACGCAAUGAAAAUGAAGUAGACUAUAAUAUUCCUGAUAAUCAUGUUGAAGUCGAAUCGUCUGGUGCAAUUGUGUUACGAGGUCACACAGACAUUGUACACGACGUCAGAUUUACAAGCGACACUGAAAUCCUUCUCUCAGUGUCAAGUGACAAUGAUUUAAAAGCCUGGAGUAUGCAGGAUUACAGUUGUAUUGGAACUUACACUGGGCACAAUUAUCCAAUUUGGUGCAUGGACAUGAGUCUAGAUGACGCGUAUAUUGUAACUGGCUCCCAUGAUCGCACUGCUAAAUUAUGGACACUGGAUAGAAAAUCUCCAGUUCGUAUAUUCGCUGGUCAUUAUAUGGAUGUCAAUUCAAUUAAAUUUCAUCCAAAUGGAAAUUAUUUAGCAUCCGGUUCCGCAGACAAGUCGGUUAAAUUAUGGAGCAAAGAAAAUGGUGAAGCUUUGAGAACUUAUCCAGGUGUCCAGUCAACUAUUUACAGUUUGGCAUUUAGUCCUGAUGGAAAAUAUCUCGCGGGUGCUGGUGAUGAUAAAAAUGUAUUGAUAUGGGAUUUGGCAACAGAUGGACUUGUUAAUGAGUUGAAAGGUCAUGAUUCGACGAUAAUGAAUUUAGAUUGGAGUGCUGAUGGUCAGUUUAUUACUAGUGGGGACACAGGUGGUACUGUUAGAUUAUGGUCCGCUAAAAUAGCCACAAAAAAUGGUAUCAGUAUUCCAGUACAAUCAACAUCUGAAAUGGAAAUUCCAGCUGUACAAGUAUUAAAACCGAGCGUUGAAGCCAUUCUGACACUAAAAUUCAAUCCUAGAAAUAAUUCGCCCAUGUGCGUCGUUACUGCAUAAAAAAAAGACUUGAUAUUUUUAUUUUGAAAGGAGUCUCUCUAAAAAAUCCCGCAAAAUUUUAACAUUCAAUAGUUAAUUUUUUUUUUUUUACUAACAGUAAAAAUUAAUUACUAUUUAACUUCAAUAAUUAACUGGACAUUUUUUUUUUUUAAGAAUUUAUCGCGUAAAUAAUUAAUUAUUUUUUUAUAAUUUACUUAAUUAUUGAAUUAAAUUUUUUAAGUAAUAACGAAAUAUAAAAGGCUUGUUUGUUAAAAUUUUCGGCAUUAUUUGUAUUAAUUUUAAACAAAUUACACUUUUAAUUAUGAGGCGAUGAUCAAAGUCUUCAACUGAUACAAAAAUAGUUAAAAUUUUCAACAUUUAGUUUGUAAUUUUAUUGUUUUAUUACUAAUUAAGAUACUCAAUAAUGAAAGGUCAUUAAUGUGCCCUUUCAAAACUGUGCUGGCUGUUAAAAAACGCAGUAUUUUUAAUCGAAUAAUUAGUUUUUUUUUAAGCUCACAAAUUGUGUUCAGCUAAUGAUAAUUAAUUGUAAUUGUUAUUUUAAAUACUAUUAUAAAAAGUAGAUUAAUAGCAAAUAAUAUUUUU